GAGGCAACGAAACUGCCUGGAACUACAAGUCACAUGUGUCUCGCGUCAGCCAUGGUCAUCGAAGUGUUUAAACGUCAGAACCGAGCGGGAGACAGCUUGUGGGACAGACAGCGCUGUUCUGGAAACAACUAGUUAUACGCAGAAAUUUGCAUUUUGUGUCCUGAUGGCGACAGAUGCUGUUGCACAGUUGGCCGACUCUCUGGCCAAAACUCAGGUGACUGAGGGAGAGUUGAGUUAUAAAGGCCAAGGACGCAAAUUCGACAAUGCACAAUCUGUGGAAGAGAUAGUGAAAGAGAUCCAGGAGUUCAAGGGGUUGCAAGCGCUCAGGCUGGAGGGGAACACUUAUGGGGUGGAGGCAGCACAGGCCAUCGCUAAAGCCCUGGAGACAAAGAGUGAAUUUAAGUACUGUUACUGGAGUGACAUGUUUACUGGGCGGCUGCGUUCUGAGAUCCCUCCAGCCCUGAACUCCCUGGGUGCGGCCCUGAUGACAGCAGGCGCCAGACUGACCGUGCUGGACCUUAGUGACAAUGCCUUUGGACCAGACGGGGUGAAGGGCAUCGAGAAGUUGCUCAAGAGCACUGCCUGUCACACACUGCAGGAACUGAGGCUCAACAACUGCGGCAUGGGCAUUGGUGGAGGCAAGAUCUUAGCUGCAGCGUUGACGGAGUGCUAUAAGCAGUCCAGUGCACAGGGCACCCCCCUCGGGCUGAAGGUGUUCAUCGCAGGCAGAAACCGUCUGGAGAACGAUGGGGCCACUGCCCUCGCCCAGGCCUUCCAGCUGAUGGGUAGUCUGGAGGAAGUGCACGUGCCCCAGAAUGGGAUCAACCACCCUGGAGUGACUGCUCUGGCCACUGCCAUGCAACACAACCCCCAGCUCCGGGUCCUCAACCUCAACGACAACACCUUCACCAAGAAAGGAGCUAUCGCCAUGGCACAGGCUCUGAAACAUUUGCGUAGUGUCCAGGUGAUAAACUUUGGAGACUGUCUGGUGCGUUCCGAGGGGGCUAUAGCCAUCGCAGAGGCAAUCACUGAGGGGCUUCCCAUCCUCAAGGAGCUGAAUCUGUCAUUCGGGGAGAUCACAGGAGAAGCUGCACUGCUGGUGGCACAAUCAGUCGAGGGCAAAGCCACACUGGAGAAACUGGACCUAAAUGGUAACUGCCUGGGGGAGGAGGGCUGUGAUGCUCUCAGAGAGGUAAUGGAUGGCCUGAACAUGGGAGACCUGCUGGGAUCACUCAGCGACGAUGAAGGGGAGCCGGAGGAGGAGGAUGAUGAUGAAGAUGAAGAUGAGGAGGAUGACUAUGAGGAGGAGGAGGAGGAUGAUGAUGUGGAGGAAGAAGACAGCAGUGUGAAUCAGGUUUCCUCUCCUCCGUCAGUGCCCCGAUCCCCAGAUGCCUCCUCCUUCCUCUGCUUCCCCUCCCCCGACAAGCUGCUCAAACUGGGCACCAAGAGGGCCCUGCUCUUUGAACAGCAGGUAGAUGUGGCGGAUGCUGGUAAGACAGCGGAGGCAUUCCUGAAAAUCUCCUCUGUGUACAAUGAGGAAGAUAAAGAUGUUAAGAGUGCUGUCCUAGACAGUAUUGAUGCAAUUCUUAGGAAAGCCUUCGCAAGCCCCUCCUUCCAAGGUUACAACUUUAUAUCAUCGCUGUUAGUAAUGCUGGGACUCCUCAAGAGUGAGGACAAAGUGAAGCCGGUGCGUGUAGUACCUGGGCAUUUGCAGGCCCUGGAGUACGUUGUGCGUCAGGACUACUUCCCCCAGGACCACAUCGCCGUGCUGGAGGCCUUCAUGUCCCGGUAAGGGCAUGAGUGAUGGGUGGCAGCGUAGCUCUCAGACACAUCCAGGCCCUGGAGUCGUGCAGCAGCUCCAGGAACAUCCUCAAGUCCACACUGGAGCAGGUCAGGCCUGAAAACUGAGUCACACAGGACCGCACAGACUCACGGAUUUAUGAACAGAACAAUUCCCACCCCCAGACAUAUGGGGGCCUUUAGCGCACACAACAAGGACUUAACUGUUGCACUGCACUCUAUUUCGCCAACUCAGAAGACUCACAGCUGGAGCCUUGCCCAUCAUCUUAUGGAUGUACAUUAUUUUAUGGAUGGACCGAUUUUGAAAUAUUACACACAAACAUUUGGGAGAUGAAUGUUGUAUUCUGCCUCACCCUCAGUGAAAGGACUGAAAUGUGACCUUAAACACAGGUUCGCUCUCCGUAUUUACCCAGUAAGUAAUGGUUUAUAUUAAAAGGGUUAAACGGAUAUAAAAUAUAAAUGUGUGAUAUGGGCUGCUGUGGAAAUGUGAUUAUGAUUUGAAUCAAAAGGGAAGAACUGAAUAAAUGUGUUGAUUUCUUUGUUGCAGCUAUUAAACAGACACUUUUUGGGUGUCCAUAUACUGAAUGGCCUGGGAACAUUUCAAUUUCACAGUUGAGCAAGCACUACCCUGAAUAAGGAUCUAGUCCAACCAUGUUUACUUUUUACAGUGGGAAGAAACUAUUGAUCCGGGGGUAGGUUCUUCUCCCAAAUUUUGAAACCUACAGCGAAUAAAAAUAUAAAUGCCACAUGCAA